AUGGUCCGGGUCGAAUUAGGCGGUAAACCCAUCAUCGACAUCGACACCGUGCCCGGCGACUCUGGCCGACUCAAAGACCAUGUCCGUCGACGGAUCAGGGGCGGGGGGAGUCGGGCCGUCCGCCUCAGCUGGAACACGACGGUACCUCGAGUCGUCUUGACCAGCGACACGGACGACUUCGACCCGACCAUCAUCUCAUAUUUCCACGAAGAAGGCUUCCAGCUGAGUUACGUCGCCUAUGACGGGAACAAGGCCGACUACAUGGCCAAGCUGCAGCAUCUACAGGAUCCGCUUGAACUGGGCGAGAAAUAUGCCAUUGUAGCGUACGGCGACGCAGCAGCCCACGUCCUCGAAGCGUGCAUGAAACCCAUGCCCAAACUGGUCGCCGUCGUCGCAUACUACCCGCCCUACAUGCCAAGGUCCACAACAAACUUCCCCCCGACGCUCGGCGUGCUGAUUCACCUGGCAAGCUCGCAGAAGUUCGGCACCCGCCACCCAUCGUACCGCUACCCGAACACGCGUCCUGGCUUCGCCGAGCACGACCUCGAAGAGUUCGACAAGAUCGCCGCCUCGCUCUCCUGGACGCGCACGCUGGGACUGCUCCGCGAGGCCUUCGACAUGGGAGGCCCUGACCUCGAAGCUCUGUGGGAGAACCACACGCGUCUCGAGUUCGCCGAGAAAGACGCCCAAAAGACCAUGGCGACCAUGGUGGCGCAGCCGUACGUGAACCACGUGCCCACCAUGACCGGCGGGAUGGGAUACGACGAACUCCACCGGUUCUACGACGAGUUCUUCAUCCCCAACAACCCCCCUGAUCUGUCGAUGAGGCUGCUCAGCCGCACCGUCGGGGUAGAUCGGGUCGUGGACGAAAUGUUUGUCAGGUUUACGCACACCACCGAGAUCCCGUGGAUGUUGCCCGGCGUCCCGCCGACGGAGAAGAAAGUCGAGGUGGUCCUGGUGAGUGUGGUGUGCAUGCGAGGCGGGAAGUUGUUCCAAGAGCACGUCCACUGGGACCAGGCCUCUGUGCUGGUGCAGGUCGGCCUGAUCGAUCCCAAGCUGAUCCCCAAGACGUUCAAGACGGUCGAGGCAGGGAGAGAACAGGAAGUCGAGAGGUUGCCGGUCUGUGGUAGGGAGGCGGCGAGGAAGGUGCUGGAUGAGGACAGUUCGAGGAGUAAUCUGUUGAUUCCUGAUUGGUAG